AAAGAGGGAGAGAGAGAAAGAGAGAGCGCGAGCGAGCGAUAACUGACAGAAUGAUGAUCAUCGAGCCAUCGAUCGCUGUCCGAUUUACCUACGCUUCCGCCACUCGCUCAGCCGCCGCCGCCGCCGGAUUUCGUACUCUCUCUUUACACACACAACACGCAUUUUCUCUCUCUCUCUAAAACAAUAAAAGAUCACUGUGGAGUGCCGAUGAUGUAAAUGCAGCAGGUUCCGUUGCUUCGUACCAGCUUGCAUGUACGUGCGGUUUCGAAGCUCCGUGGAUAAGACGUCAAAAAUACACUGGCAUUCCAUUCAUAAAAAGAAACAAAUAUGUAAAGAAUAGAAUUCGAGUAUCAUCAGAGAAUCUGGGCUCGCCUCAGGAUCCUGUCAAGAAAGAUGAAAAGUCAUCCUAUCAUCCAUUUGAAGAAAUUGCCAUGUCAACAUCUGAGAAUACUGAAGAUGCUAGGCUUACAGCAGCAGAAACAAGUAGAACAAUUAUUGAGGUUAACAGCAAAGCAACACUGAUGUUCACAAGUGUGAUUAACGAUGUGGUUCAUGAAAAUGUUGUUUGGCCAGAUAUGCCUUAUUUGACUGAUGAUCGAGGAAAUAUAUACUUCCAGGUGAAGAACAGUGAUGAUGUUUUGCAAUCUCUAACUUCAGAGAAUAAUUUUGUGCAAGUUAUUGUUGGUGUGGAUGCCAUGGAAAUGUUGUCUGAGAUGGACUUAUCAGGUCCCUCAGAAAUUGGUUUUGGGAUUGAAGAAAUUGAUGAUCAAGAUACUGAUGAUACAGAUGACAGUGAUGAAGAGGAUGAAGAUGAGGAUGAGAAUGAAGAAUAUGAUUCGGAAUGGGUGACUGUUGUUUCCGACAACGAUGAGCAAGAAGAUGCAGAUGAAACACUUGAAGACUGGGCAAAGUUGGAGACUAUGCGCUCUUCUCAUCCAAUGUAUUUUGCCAAAAAAUUGGCUGAGAGUGCUUCUGAUGAUCCAAUUGAUUGGAUGGAGCAGCCUCCAGCUUGUGUAGCUAUCCAAGGGGUUAUAAGACCUGCUUUUAUUGAAGAACAUUCUACAAUACAAAAGCAUCUAUCUACCAAUCAAUCAGAUAAUUCUGACAUAACUGAAUCUGUAAAGGGGGAAAUCGAUGUUAUUAAUGGUCAUGUGCAUAACUCAAUGUCAUCUAAAGAUAAUACGGCAGAACAGGUGGAGAAUAAUGAGAAUAGUGAUUUGCCUUUCAAUGAGACUUCAUUUUACAAAUUGGAGAUGAUUAAGAUUCAAGUGAUUUCAGCACAUGGACAUCCUACUGACGUUGAAAUAGAAGACUAUGGCAGAGCUCAACCUGAUGCUCUUGCACACUCAGCCUCCAAAAUCAUAGCUCGUUUGAAAGCUGAUGGGGAAAAGACCUUACAGGCCUUUAAGUCUGUGUGUUGGAGAUACAAGAGUAUCCAAGUAGAGGAGGCACAACUUAUUUCUGUAGACUCCCUUGGGUUUGAUCUAAGAGUUUGUUCAGGAACUCAAGUUCAAACCCUGAGAUUUACAUUCAAAAAGAGGGCCACUUCAGAGUACAGUGCAGAGAGACAACUCAAUGAAUUAUUAUUUCCUAUAAAUCACCCAAAAGCUGCAAAAAACGAAGCACCCCCCUCCAAAUAAAAGCCGAAAUCUUCUGAUUAUCUCGAGUAAGUUUUGUACUUGUAUGCCUAUAUGCCAUUGGCCAAUGAUUGUGUAAAGAAGUAUAGGCCAGCCAUGCAUACGGAGCAAAUCAGGUGAUGUAAUUUUGUAUCGCAUUUAAUUGUUUUAAAGUAAUUAUUUUUCACAGUUGUUUCCUAAUCUAUUCAACAUUCUUUCACAAAAGCA